AUGAAGAUCCCGGUGCUAUUUAUGAUCACUAUGGCUACGCUCGCCGCCAACGUUUCUGCUCGAUUAUACUGCAAGUGUUGCGAUGUUCCAUUGCUGAGCCAGAGGACACCGACGUGCUGCAAAACAAAAGGGACCAAAGGCACUUUGAAUGACGAAACGGGAAUUUGCGAAGUGAACACGAGCAGCGGCAAAGCUGAAGAGGACUUUAUUGCUUGCUGUACUGAGGGUUUAGCCGGUAUCCAUGGCUCUUGCAAGGUCGAUAAAUGGAAAGGUGGUGAAGAAAACGAAGGUCCUAGCGAUAUAGCCGGUAUGCUUCUUGAUAAAUGCGUAGCUCUUACUUCUUCAGAAGAUUCCCCUCUUGCCGCAUUAUAA